GAGCUUGACAAAUAUUCGAAGGAAUGCAGUAGUGGUCUUGCUGGUUUGAUAUGUUGAUUAUAUUCUAGUGCCUGCAAUGGAGUAAGUCUUGUGUAAUUGAAGCUCUUGCAAUAGCAAUCCUUGACCCUUGAGCAAUUCUUUUGUGUCAUUUUGAUCUAUCAAUAACAUGUGAUAGAGGUUGCAGUGGCGUAGUGCAAAUGACAAUCUGUUGCACUGUCGGCAUCCUAUAGAACCCUAGCUACGUAAGGAUGUGUCAUUACUUUUUUUUUCUCGCAGGAGAACUACGCAUCAUUAUAUUGAAAGAGAGAAAGGUCCGAAAUGGACCAAAGUACAAUGCCAUAACAGGCAAAAAAUAAAAAAGGAAAAACAGUACAACCUCAUGCACUAGGAAUAGCCCUGACCCUAGCAAAUGCAGCCAGAAGUCCGAGACUCUCGAGCUGCUUCGCACCAGCCAUACACCAGCACUCCACCUCAUUCAAGAAAAGCCUCUGAAUGGUGCUCAAUGAAGGGUUGACACCAUCAAAUACCGCCUUAUUGCGAUGCAGCCAUAAACACCAGGCCCCUAGGAUAAUGAGACUAUGAAUACCUUUUCUGAUUUGCUUGGGGACUCUCCUUUGCACCUUGUCCCACCAAUCCACAAAAGAGCCCGCCUCUCUAGUAGGCGUAAGAUGUCCCAACCUCAAAGCUGAAAAUAUAACAUGCCAAAAUUGUCUAGCAAAACUGCAAGAGCACAAGAGGUGCAAGAUAGUUUCCUGCUCUUGAUCACAUAAUGGAUAAACCACCGGGUGCGGUAGUCCUUUCCUCUGAAGUCUAUCCGCAGUCCAACAUUUAUUCCUUAUUACCAGCCAAACAAAAAAUUUGCAUUUGGGGGGUGCCCACGACUUCCACACCCAUUUCCAUGGCUGGAAAGAAAUAGCUCCCAUAAACAACGCCGAAUAACAAGAUUUUGAGGACAAUACUCCAGAGCUCGAGUGCACCCACACAUGUCUGUCCUCCUCCUGAUUAAGCACCACUCCACUUAAAGCAUCCCACAGCUGCAAAUAUUGCUGUAGACCAAUCAAAGAUAAAUGAUUCACGAUAUCGCAAACCCAUUGCCAAUUAUGCAACGCCUGAGCAACAGUUCUCGAAUUAAAUGGCCUGCUACUCACCAUACUUACAACUUCAGGGCCAAAAUCAUGUAUCCUCUGCCCAUUCAACCAUCUGUCCGACCAGAAAAAAGUAUUGGUCUCAUUCCCAACAACAGAGACCACCGAAGAUUUAAAAAAUUGUCUAACUUGCUGCUGCACGGGGAUACUCAAACCAAGCCAACACAUUUCAGAUCGUCCUCAAUGGGUUUAACAAAAAGGACCACAUCAUCAGCAUAGAUAGAAAGCCUGUUACGGACUCUUGCCCCUUCCAAACUAUGCAGCAAUCCCCUACAUUCAGCAGCCCUAAAAAGACUGCUAAGCACGUCCAUGAUCAGCACAAACAGCAUAGGGGAGAGAGGGUCUCCCUGAUGAAGACCUCUCCGAUGCUUUAUAUGGAUUCCAGGAAACCCAUUCAAUAACACUUGCGUAGAAGAUGAAGCCAACAGAUGUGUCAUUACUUAUUAUCUGUGCGAAGUCAUAGUAAUGAAAUGCUGGAUGGGAUGCCUAGACUUUACCUGGUUCUGGUGACGAGCUUGUACCUUGAAGUUCUACUACAUUAUUUAUCAUAUUGGCAUAACUAUAAUACCAUGUUAAGGCACAAAAUGCACCAGUCUAUUUGCCAUUUUAGCUGGUUCUGGUGACGAGCUUGUACUCUGUAGUUGUUGCUUGCUUGAGGGCCAACAUUGAUGAGUCACAAGAUGCACCAGGAGCUCCCUACAAGAUCAAAAUUCGUUUUGAGUUGCAUUUCUUAUGAAUCAGUCUGCGGAGAAUCUGUUUGGCUAUCCUGCAUCAGAAGCCCUUGGUCAGGAUGCCCUCAUGCUUCUGGUUGAUUCCCAUGACCACAAUGCGGUAAAUAACAUCUUCCAACGUAUUUCUAUGGGUGAAAGUUGGACUGGGAAGUUUCCAGUUAAGAACAAGCAAGGACAUAGAUUUUCAGCUGUUGCCACCAAUACACCUUUCUAUGAUGAAGAUGGCAGUUUGAUGGGUUUCAUUUGUGUUUCAAGUGAUUCCCGCCAAUUGGAGCAGAUAUUUUGUAAGCCUCCGACCUCUGCAAGGUCCCAGUCAGAAUCAUCUAUGACAUCUUGUGAUGGGAGUUGCAGCAACACUAGUCACAGAAUCAAUUCGUUGAAUAGAAGUUCUUUUGAUUCUAAUCUACCCCUGCAAAGCACUUUAGCAUCCAAGAUAACGAAUUUGGCUACCAAGGUCACAAAUAAAGUUCGUUCUCGGGUCAGGACAGACGAGAAUGACGAUGGUGGCAGUGGUGAGAGCCAUUGCUUGGAUCGUGGUGCAAAGGAAGAGCCAACAUCUAGCGGAACAAGCACACCAAGAGGGGAUGCACCACAUGGUCCCUUUGCUACAGAAGAGAACUCACCUGGGAAAUCAACGAACCCAAACAGCGACGAAUCAGAAGGAAAAGUAGGUCUGCACAAGAUUUUGGGUUCUAAGGCAGAGGCACUAUUGAACAAGAAAGGGAUAUCAUGGCCUUGGAAAGGGCGCGAGAAUGAGGGACCUGAUGAAAGAAACCAUGUGAUAUUGCCGUGGUUGCAUGGUGGCCAAGAGAAUGGUGUGAAUCAUCAGAAGGUUUCUGAUUCUAGUAUAUCUCCAGACGCCCAAGGCGCUGAACACAACCAACCUAGCAAAAAUGAGGCAUCAGGUUCCUGGUCCUCUUUCAACAAUAACAGCACAGGCAGUGCAAGCAGCACGGGAAGCACUAAUAGCAGUGCUCUCUACAAAGUAGAUCAUGAAGCAGAUUGUCUGGAUUAUGAGAUCCUGUGGGAAGACCUUGUCAUUGGAGAACAAAUAGGUCAAGGCUCUUGUGGGACAGUAUAUCAUGCUUUGUGGUAUGGUUCGGAUGUGGCUGUUAAAGUUUUCUCCAAGCAAGAAUAUUCAGAAGAAGUGAUACUGACCUUUCGACAAGAGGUAUCCCUUAUGAAGAAAUUGCGCCAUCCUAACAUACUGCUCUUCAUGGGUGCGGUUAUGUCUCCACAACGCCUUUGUAUUGUAUCAGAGUUUCUCCCCCGUGGAAGCUUGUUUCGCUUACUUCAAAGGAGCGCUACCAAGUUGGAUGUGAGACGGCGUGUCCACAUGGCUUUAGAUAUUGUAAGGGGCAUGAAUUAUCUUCACCAUUCCAGCCCGCCUAUCAUUCAUCGAGAUUUAAAAUCAUCUAACCUUUUGGUCGACAAGAACUGGAUUGUGAAGGUGGCAGACUUUGGUCUUUCACGUCUCAAGCGUGAAACUUUCUUGACAACAAAAACAGGAAAAGGAACACCCCAAUGGAUGGCGCCCGAGGUGUUGCGCAAUGAACCUUCCGAUGAGAAGUCUGAUGUGUACAGUUACGGGGUUAUCCUGUGGGAACUUGUUACUCAGAAGAUACCCUGGGAAAAUCUGAACUCAAUGCAGGUCAUUGGUGCAGUGGGUUUUAUGAACCAAAGGUUGGAUAUCCCAAGUGAAGUAGAUCCUCAGUGGAAAUCAAUUAUCCUGAGCUGCUGGGAAAGCGACCCGCAGCAACGGCCGUCGUUCCAGGAGCUUCUUGAGAGGCUCCGGGAGCUGCAGAGGCACUACGCCAUCCAGCACCGGAACACAAAGAACAGCAUCGAGGAGUAAAGAACACAAUGCGACCUCUCAGAGCGGCUUGCUUCGAAGCAUUUUGCGAGCGAACGAACGAAGAACCCCAGGUCUCUAGAAGGGCCUGGACCCUCCUGUACUGUAUGGUUUUGCUUCUGCGGAACAGCCAAGGCUGGAAGAAGUUUGUUGUACAGACGGGGGUACGUUCUUCUUUGUUUGACAGGGCAAUUGUGACUGUAAUCUCUGGGUCCUGACACCCAAGGGUAGGGUAGAGACUAUAGAGUGAGUAGUGACUGAGCUCCGGAUUGCUGGCGCAUUUGGGUUCUUCUGAUUCGUGGCAAUGCAAAUGCGUGGUUAACAAUAACAUCCAAUCCGGGGCUUGUGUUUCUGGAAAAGGGCAUGAUGAUGUGUAGAUUGUUUGCUCUGACAAGAGUGGUGCGUACAUGUGAUCGGUUGUGAUCAUGCGUGAUUGUGAGUUUAAUCGAUGUAGUAAAAUCUUAAUAUUCUAAAAUGCCUGCGUUUCCUUGAAAAAUA